AUGAGUCGGAACUUCCCUUCCGCCAUCAUGCCGGACUUCAAGUGUGACACCUGCUUCGAAAUGAAGACCGGCCUUCCGACCCUGAUCAGAUCGAACGCGCUCUGCUCAGAGUGUGUCGAAACGAACAUCCUUCCCGCCUUUGUAGCCGCAUGCAAUCACAUCUUUCACCUCCCAGCCAGAUUCGGUAUGGUAGUGAUUGACCUGGAUAGCGUCGCCAACGUCCUGCCGCCAGACCUCGUCACUCGAUACGUCGAGCGAAGCCGAGAGGCAGGAACACAGUUCAAGCAUCGAAUGUACUGCAAGCACACCGCAUCAUCCGGCGAGCUGUGUGGAGUCUUUCUUGGCAGCCGCAUCGAUAGCCAUGCCGACGUGGUGUGUACUGCGUGCCUCCGCCCAUCCUGCGAGGACGGCUUCCCUCGCCUUGCCAACGCUUUCCWCUUCUGCGACAUCCAUCCUGCCCCAAAUCCAACCGCUGGUCUCUCAUCGGUCACUCGCGGCAAACAGUGGCAAGCCUGUCCAGAUCAGGAAUGCGGAAGGCCAGUUCAACGUAACUUGGGAUGCAACCAUAUGACAUGCCCAAUCACUGUUUGCAAGACCGAGUUCUGCUUUCAAUGCGGAUGGCGAGUGGACGAGCACACUUUGAAAACGCAUUUCGGCUGGGACGGUCAAGGCUGCGAUCUGGCGGACGAGACUCCUGGACCGACAGAGGGAUUCGCCGAGUGGGGAGAUGCCCGUGAGCGUUUGCGAGCGUACCGCAGCAAUGGUCGAGUGCUGCCCGAUGGAAAUGAAUCUCCCUCCAGCAGCACCCAGACACAGCCCAAUCUGCUGCCCGUUCGCCAUGAUCCAGUUCGUGCGCAGCGUGCGGCCGCCGCUCGAGCAAUUCUCGCUGCUGGACGGGCUCGCGAAGAUGAUCCUAAUGGGCAGGACAGCUCUCUCGCUGAGCCGCCUGGCUCGGGUGAUCGUUAA